GUUUGUUAACAAGAAAUUUGUGGAGUGGUUAAAAAACUAGUUUUAAAAUGACUCCAACCUAAGUGUAUGUAAACUCCGACUUCAACUGUACUUACACAACAUACAAGGGCAAGUCAACUCAAAGGUGUAGUCUACCGUAUGUAGGCUGAGUACGGCUACCGUGUGUAGGCCUACAGAGACUCUGAACGACAGCAUAAAACGACGAAACCAUCAGGGUAGUGGGUGGGGAUAUUUAAGGCGGUUCUACACAGCAUUUUCACCAAUCACUGCGGUCAGAUUGACGCGUGAGCGGCUGUCAACGGGCCAGCUGAGCGCAGAAGAGUGAACAACGAACUGGGCUAGAAGUUCAGUAGACCAGCACAACCAACGCAACGAAGGAAACUUUGACAGCGGACCCUAUUUUAUCCAACUUCUAAAGCAUUUGUAGGCUAAAGGUUGUGGAUUGUAGGCCUACCUUUAGUGAAUCGGUGAAUAGGCUGUACAAUCCUUGGCAGUGUUCUGAGACUGUACAGCUGCCUACUGCUUCUGAAAGACAAUUUGCAUCUGAAAUGGACUGUGCGUAAAGAGCAGAGAAAUUACAUAAUCUCGAUUUGAUUUUCAAUAAUUUUCAUUUUGUAUGUUAUCUGUUACUUGAAAAUUGUUGCGUAAGUGGACUGAUUCGGACUUUCGGGGAAAUUCCAUUUGUCACUGAACUUUGCAAAAGAAAACAUGACGGCUGAUAAGGACAAGAAAAGGAGCAGUUCGGAGCGGCGGAAGGAGAAGUCUCGUGACGCGGCGCGCUGUCGUAGAAGUAAGGAGACAGAGGGGUUUUACGAGCUGGCCCAUCAGCUGCCCCUCCCACACAGCGUCAGCUCCCACUUGGACAAAGCCUCCAUCAUGAGACUGGCCAUCAGCUUCCUGCGCACCCGCAAGGUCGUCGGCCCAGGCUGCUCCAACGGUGCAGAGACAGAGGAGGACAGACAGACGGACAGUAUGUAUUUGAAGUCACUGGAGGGGUUUGUCACCGUGGUUACAUCAGACGGCGACAUGAUCUUCCUCUCAGAAAACAUCAACAAGUUCAUGGGCUUAACACAGGUAGAGUUGACUGGACAAAGCAUUUUUGACUUCACCCACCCCUGCGACCACGACGAGAUUCGCGAGAACCUAAGUCUGAAAAAUGGCACUGGGAAGAAGGGGAAAGCCUUGAGCACUGAGAGAGACUUCUUCAUGAGGAUGAAGUGCACAGUGACAAACCGAGGACGCACUGUCAACCUCAAAUCAGCCAGCUGGAAGGUUCUGCACUGCACUGGCCACCUGAAGGUGUACAACAGCUGCGCCCCUCAUGGGCUGUGUGGGUUCAAGGAGCCUCCUCUCACCUGCCUGGUGAUGAUGUGUGAGCCCAUCCCCCACCCCUCCAACAUCGACACGCCCCUGGACAGCAAGACCUUCCUGAGCCGCCACAGCAUGGACAUGAAGUUCACCUACUGCGACGACAGAGUCACUGAGCUGAUGGGCUACAGUCCUGAAGAUCUGCUGGGCCGCUCUGUCUAUGAGUUCUACCACGCCUUGGACUCUGACAGUGUCACCAAGAGCCACCAGAACCUGUGCAGUAAAGGUCAGGCAGUGAGUGGACAGUAUCGUAUGCUGGCCAAACAUGGAGGCUACGUGUGGGUUGAGACCCAGGGCACAGUCAUCUACAACAGCCGGAAUUCCCAGCCGCAGUGCAUCGUCUGUGUCAACUACGUCCUCAGUGACGUGGAGAACAAGUCCAUGAUCUUCUCCAUGGACCAGACUGAGUCUCUGUUCAAGCCCCACCACAUGAACAGCUUCUUCACCCAGAGCGGUGCUGCGGUGGCCGCGGAGCCCAUCAAGACCCUGUUCACCAAACUCAAAGAGGAGCCAGAAGACCUUGCUCAGCUGGCCCCCACACCUGGAGACGCCAUCAUCACCCUUGACUUUGGAAGGCCACCGUUUGAGGAGCCUCAUCCUCCUCUUUACCCCAAGAUGUCUCCCAUGCCCCCUCCGGCCACCCAGGGCUGGGUCAGUGAUGCCCACAAGCCCUGCCCGGCAGGAGACAUGUCCAACCACAUGGCUGCCACCUUCUCAGUGCCCCAGAACCCCACACCAGGCAGUGCCACCCCCAGCACGGCCCCCCCUAGCCUGAGCAGUUGUUCCACGCCCAGCAGCCCAGGGGAUUACUACAGCGAGAGAGAGAGUGACCUGAAGGUAGAGCUGACUGAGAAGCUCUUUGCUCUGGACACAGAGGGGCCCAAGAGCCCCGGCAGCACCCAGUCGGUCCUGAGUGAUCUGGACCUGGAGACCCUGGCUCCCUACAUCCCCAUGGAUGGAGAAGACUUCCAACUCCACCCCAUCAUUACUGAAGAGGCCCCUGGAGGCCCCGAGGGGGCCGCUGACCAAAUGGGACACCGCACCACACAGAACGGGUUCAGCAACAUCGCCAGCCUCUUCCAGCCCCUGGGAUCCCCACAGUCUGCCCACUACCAGCCCGCCAAGUGGGCCCCAGGAGACAAGAGAGGCCCGAACCACAGUGAAAUGAGCCCCAUGGACUCCAGGCCUACUCUGCCCUACACAGGCAAUGCACAGAUCACCCCCUACCACACCCUAGCCAGCACCCCUUUGUCCUCCAUGGGCGGACGUCAGAACCUGCAGUGGCCCCCCGAUCCCCCGUUACACUACCAACAACAAGUGGACGCCAUGGGCGGAAGCCACUCAUGUCAGAACAUGCCGGUCAACAGGAUGCACAAGCAGAGGUCAAUGGAGAACUUUGUCCAGGCCUACAGAGACAUGAGUCCUGCUAGAAUCGCCAUAGCCAACAACUUCAAGCGCUCCUUCACGCAAAUGGCAGUGGGUGACGCCACCCUGAGUACGCCAUCAGAGAUGAUGUGGAAGAGGAUGAGGAAUGAAAGCUGUGCCAUCCUGGAUAGAUCUCUCAGCACCAGCUCACUGGCAGAUAAAGGUAUGUGCAUACAUGGGGGUGUUGACCAGUGUCUCAGCCCCCUUCAACGGCACAGGAAGUCCCAGUAUCCAGGAUGUGGAAACAGUGCACCUAAAAAAGCCUUCCCCGAACAGUGGUGCAACUACAGAGAAUACCGUAUGCUGCCCUCUCCCAAAACAGAGGGGGUUGCCAGUCGGCUGUUGGGCCCGUCCUUUGAGACCUAUUGUCUGCCAGAGCUCACCCGCUAUGACUGCGAGGUCAAUGUCCCUCUCCAAGGCAAUCUACACUUGCUGCAGGGCAGUGAUCUACUGAGAGCCUUGGACCAGUCCACCUAGACCCAGCACUACACCCCCUACUCCCCCACCCACCCUACCCUGGACCAGGCCUCCUAGACGCAGACAUAUACCCCCUACCCAGCCCUGGACCAGGCCACCUAGACCCAGACAUAUACUCCCUACUCCCCCACCCACCCUACCCUGGACCAGGCCACCUAGACCCAGCACUACACCCCCUACUCCCCCACCCACCCUACCCUGGACCAGGCCACCUAGACCCAGACAUAUACUCCCUACUCCCCCACCCACCCUACCCUGGACCAGGCCACCUAGACCCAGACAUAUACCCCCUCCCGUACUUUAUCUUACCCUACCUAGACAUAGCCCUCACCAACCUCACCUCUACCCAUCCUUACCCUCCAAUAGUCUUAGCCAAUACACCCUAGACUAACACCUCUCUACAACACUGACUGACACCUCAGCCAAGCCCCUCCCCCUGUCCUAAAGUCCUGGCACAUCUAACAUAGUACUACUCCACCACGCCCCACCCACCCUACCAUACCAAGCCCCAUACAAACCUGUUUCAUCGUCAAAGCCACACAUACCCUGCCUCCUCCUCAUCCAUCCACCCUACUGCCCCUAUGUAUCAUUAGAAAAACGUGUGGCUUCUGUUCUAUUUUUGUUGUCUUUAUCAUCAUAAAUUAUAUACGUGUAUAAUUUUUAGUUAUUAGUCUAUUUCUGUUAAAAGAUUUGAUCUGUUUUAGUGUUCUCAAGCUCUAUUCUAUCCCCCAAUUGUGUGAUCUGUAGCAUACUUUUCUUCUUUCACCAUCUGUCUGUCUGUCUGUCUGUCUGUCUGUCUGUCUGUCUGUCUGUCUGUCUGUCUGUCUGUCUGUCUGUCUGUCUGUCUGUCUGUCUGUCUGUCUGUCUGUCUGUCUGUCUGUCUGUCUGUCUGUCUGUCUGUCUGUCUGUCUGUCUGUCUGUCUGUCUGUCUGUCUGUGUCUGUCUGUCUGUCUGACAAUACGACGCUGUCACAGACACACUAACAAACAAAACAGUCUGAAAUCCAGAUUAAACUUCACCGAAUGUAAGCAUAAUAUCCAGUUUUUUUUUUAUAAACUUUUUUGUUGUUCUUUUACUACCCUUUCCCCAUUCCUUACUGUCUAGUUUCCUUCAGUCACUGGUGUCUGUUUGCAUGUUUCUCUUGUUCCCUCAGUGUGAGCUCACUGGAUAGUUACAGUGCUUGUCAGGCCAUGAAGUUGAUUGGUCAAAUCAGAGCGUGCCCCAACAUAGGGAGGAGAGUGCUAUUUUUGGUACCUUUUUCAUGGCAUUGGAAGUCAUAUCAGAAUCAGAGAGACUUUGGCCUAGAUCACAGAAGGCUGCUGACGGGAGGACGGCUCAUAAUAAUGACUGGAAUGAAGUGAAUGGGAUGGUAUCAAACACAAUAAAACCAUGUGUUUGAUGUGUCAAUACCAUUUCAUUCAUUCCAUUCCAGCCAUUACUAUGAGCCCAUUUACUCCAAUUAAGGUGCCAGCAGCCACCUGUGGCCUAGAUUCACUAAGAUCAAGCGUUAACCGGUGAUAGCCGACACCCGCAUAGCUGGUGUUUUAGCGGUGUCGCAGGUUUAACUGCGUUACAGCUGUUAAAUAAGAGAGGUUGCUCGUGUGGUCGUUGUCACGAAGCCACACCGGUCCCACUCGCAUUACAAGUUCAGAAUGAGUAAGUCUAGGCUAUAUAGAAAUUACAUGACACUCAAAUUGAGAAUCAUUAAACUAAAUAAUUAGGAUUUCUAUCAGCCUAAUCGAGGUGUAAAUUAAAUAUCACAUUCCAGUGUUUGAACUUGUAAACAAGGUUGCAUGGGAUUUCUCUUAAUGCGACUCCUUGUAGCCAAUGGCAAUGUCCUCCUUUAGGUAUAAUGCCGGGAGCCGCUUGUGGAUUUGACCACUUCCGACACCGCCAAAACAACUGCUAUGCAGGUGUCGACUGGCCCUUAGUUUAAGAGAUGGCAACUCGCUAUCAACAUUGAGACUCUUUUUCUGUAUUCCUUCUCUUUCUUUCUAUUUCUUUCUCAUUUAUAAGUAUUUGUCUUUGUGUGGUGACCACUUAAAAGUUUGAAUUUAGCUUUGUACACACAUAUAUGUAUUUAAAGACAGAAGCUAUAAAGUUUCUACUAUAAUGUCAAGAUAGUGUUUUAGUGUUUAUGUGCCUUGGUACUUUGUCUUAUCUACCCAGUAGAUGCAGAUUGUAUUCCUGUGUUUUAGAUGUUACUCCAUAGUGCUGGUGUCUGUUUUGUUUUGUUUUUAAGUGGAAUUUUUUCAGAGUGUAUGCACAAGUAUAAUGAAAUUGUUAGCAGGCCAGUACUGAUCUGUUGUUGCGCUUUAAAGAAAAAAGAAAAUGGAGAGGAAAAAAAUGAUAACAUUUUCUAAGUUCCACUUUUGACAUGUAGCAUUUUGAAUAUUGUAAACAAAAGAAAUUGACACAAAAGUAAUAUCUUUCAACAGUAUCUAAACAGGUGAUGGUGCUUUAUAGAUAUAACCAUCUUGCAUUUGUAGAGGCAACUUUAUAUGUUUCAUGGAUCCACUUUCAGUAACACUGUAUUUUGAUGUUAUGGUUUAUUUUUCUUGCUGAGAUUGUCUUUAAAGGUGAUUCAUAACAGA